AUGGAGUUUGAUUACAGUAACGCCGAUGAUGCUGACAUGGAUGCAUGCCAUGUCGAGAACCAACAAACAGGACAGUACAAUGAAGUCCGUAUGAGCAAUUUGGAGUCCGACAUUCGUGAACUGAAGGAAAUGAUGAAGCAAGUUCUCCACAACCAAACAGAUUUAAUGGAGAUGUUGCGACAUUUCAAAGGCAAGCAAGUUGUUGGCAAUGACAAGGUGGAAGGCAAUGAUGUGUGUAUCAUUAACCUCUCCUCCAAUGUUGCUCAACUGAAGGAAAUGCUGAAGCAACUGCUUCAACGUUUCAGUUUGGGCUGCAACGAACCGUUCACUGAACAAACCAAUUUACGUGAACUGAAGCAAAUGCUACACCACCUCAUCAAAGGGUGUGGACCCUGCUGUUGGAGUCGAGGCGCAUGA